AUGACGGGGAACACUGAUGGGCAUUAUGUGGGCUUGGAAUACAUAAUGUCCAUCAGCGUCCCCUGUCAUUGCAGAAGGAGAGUGUUCAUAGAGAAGGAGAAGGCACAUCAUGUGCUGAGGAAACGUGCUAAUAAAUUCUUAGAGGAAAUUCUUCCAGGAAACCUGGAGCGCGAAUGUUAUGAAGAAACAUGUUCAAGGGAGGAAGCUCGAGAAGUUUUUAAAUCACAGGAGAAAACGGCAGAGUUUUGGUAUCACUAUAAAGAUCUUAGCCCAUGCAAAGAAAACCCAUGUCAAAAUGGAGCAAUCUGCCAACAGUAUCAUUACACAUACACUUGCUUGUGCCCCCCUCUUUAUGCUGGGAUACACUGUGAAAAUGUGCGGCAGGAGUGCUGGUAUAGGAAUGGAGGAUGCUGGCAGUACUGCACAGACACACCCCGGGCACUCAGCGUGACCUGCUCCUGUGCAAAUGGCUACACCCUAGAAGAGAAUGGCCAGAAAUGUGCUCCAGCUGUGAAGUUUCCUUGUGGACUGGCAGUUGGCUCAUCACGCUCUCUUCUGGAUCUGGGGGAGGAAUCGGAUGAACUCUCCAACACUAACUACAACAUAACUACUCAUUCACUACCCAGUACCAGACCUACCAUGUCCACACCAAGAAGUUCAAAUGAAUCACUAGCACUGUCCCAUAGUAAUGAGACCGCAUGGGCUCAAACAAUGGAAAACAUUUCAGCAACGAUGCCAACCCAGCACUCAAGAGAAAUAGGAAAUGGCACCAAGUCGUAUAAAAGUAUCGAUGAUUAUGGUCCCAUCAAUGAUUCAGCAACUAACAUGAAUCAUACAAACGGAACAGACAAUGGACAUGGUUAUACUGAAAGCCGGGAAGAUGAACAUGCCCGGAUUGUUGGAGGCAUGCUCUGUGAGUUGGGGCAAUGCCCAUGGCAGGUCUUAAUCCGCACAAGGCGAGGAGUAGAUUUCUGCGGCGGCAGUCUUAUUAGCGAACGCUGGGUAUUGUCAGCCGCUCACUGCUUCGAGGAUAUUGUUCCUCAUCAUAUUACCAUUGGGGAUUAUGACAAAAAUCUGCGGGAUCGGGAUGAACAGAAGAUUACUGUGUUACAAGUUUUCUCUCAUCCAUAUUACUUAGGGGAACAUUAUGAUCAUGACAUUGCACUACUGUACUUACAAAGCCGAGCUGUCUUUAGUGAAUACUCAAGACCCAUCUGCUUGCCCAGUCCUAGCCUUGGGCGUCUACUAACCCAAGAAGGGGCAGUAGGGCAAGUAAGUGGCUGGGGAUCUACCCGAUACCUAGGACGUGCUAGUCGAUUCCUAUUAAAGGUCCAGCUACCUGUUGUCAGCCAAGAGACCUGUAUGGCAACCACUGAAAAAGUGUUAACAGGAAACAUGUUCUGUGCUGGGUACAACAUUGAAACCAAAGAUGCCUGUAAAGGGGACAGUGGAGGUCCAUUUGCUGUACUUUACCGCAAUACCUGGUACUUGGUGGGGGUGGUGAGCUGGGGAGAAGGAUGCGCAGCAGAAGGAAAAUAUGGUGUAUAUACAAGAGUGUCUAGUUAUAUUUCAUGGAUAAAGGACACUAUCUUUGAAACAGAAGGAUUUGAAGAGUCGCUUGUCCAGACAUUAUGACCUACUAACUUAAUCCAGAAAAAAAUUGG